CUGGCUUCUCACAACCACGAGGAGUCUAGAUUGCACCGAGGCCUAGAAGUCAAGCACGGAAGAAGCCAUUUCUUCGCAAAGCAGAUGAUUCGUUCCUGUUUCUUUCCUAGCUUCAUUGCUUCUCCGCUUCGUGCUUCAGCAAUGGCCGCAAACCUAUAGAUCGGUCUGUCUAGGGCGGGUCUGCCUACUCAUUCCGACCAUGGUCGGCCUCCCCCCCCAGUUGGAAAAGAUGCGGGCACGGCGGGUUUCCACCUCAAUCCUCCUCCGUCCAAGUCGAAUUCCCGACGACCUCUUAUUCCUGAGAAUCGUCGGCAAGGGUCGCCAUGCGACAGUCUGGCUGUGCGAGGACGGUCGCACAGGCGAGCAGAUCGCUUGCAAGAAGAUCCUCAAAUCGUCGCUCGGAGACUCCGGCGACAGAAUCGCCGAAGCUGGCGACAGCUCGCCUGCGACCGGCGCAGCUCGGCUACAGCCGUCGUGCGACGCCGUCCGUCGCGAGGUGGCUGUAGCAGAGGAUCUUUCCGGGAAGCACCCCAACAUUCUCACGUUCAAAGGAGCUUUCGAGGAAGGCGACGCCGUGUAUCUUACCUCAGAAUUCUGCGACUCGGGUGACUUGCUGACGUACAUUGUCGAAUCCGCGAAAAGAGCUGGCGAAACCCCUCCGGACGUGUAUAAAGACCGAGUGGCGCGCAGCGGUGGUGGCAGCGGGACUGCUGCCGCCGGUGUCCACCCGCGCAGCAGUGCUAAUUCUCGCACUGCUUUUGGUGUUAGCGCAGGUGCUAACCGAGGGACUAAUGUCGGCAGCGUUUCUCGAGCCCUGAGCCUCCGGCGGGGAAAAUCCAGCAGCAAGCUGGACGCGACACGAGGGAGCGGCGACGGCGGCGGCGGGUGCCGCGGCUGGGCUCUUCCCGAGCCCGAGGCGCGUGCGAUUUUCCGCGAGGUUGUGGCGGCGGUGCGAUUUUGCCACGAGAGCGGCGUCGCGCACGGAGACAUCCGCCUCGAGAACGUGCUCCUGAGCUCUCGACGCUCCGCCCCUGCCACGCAGGGACCGCGCGGACAGCGCGGCGGGCCGAGUGGAACGCGCGCGCCGCGCGCCCUUCCGACCAUUUUCUCCGCGUACGCGCAGGCGUGCGCUUCUGAGGCCGCGGCGGCGGGCCGUGGUUCAGGUGGUGGUUUCGGCGGGUCCGAAUCGGCGGCGGCAUCGCAUGCGGCCGCGCUCGCUCCCGUGUUCGCGAAGCUCGCGGAUUUCGGGAGCGCGGAAAAAGUGGAGCUGCUGCCGCCUGCGGUGACAGUGGCGGAAGGUGACGUCACCGUCACGCUGGCGGCAGAGGGUGGCAGUGGGGAGACGGCGGCGUCGGUGGAAUCGAGGAUUCGUGACGCCGUGAAAAGGGGCGGCUUGGGGGGGAAGUUAGGUUGCGGGGGAGAAGAUGGCGGAAGCUGGGUGCACUACGCAGCCCCAGAGCUGAUUGUAUCGCGUAUGGAGAGUUUCAAACUCCUGAAAUCUGCGACGACGGGAGCUUUCCCGAAGGGAGCUGUUGUAACGAUGACGGGAGCUGUUGUCACGCCUACGACCGGCGAUAGAGUGAAGGAAACAGCUGACGUUGACGUUGGCUGUCCGAUGAAAGCUGACGUUUGGUCGCUUGGGGUGGUGCUAUUCGCGCUUCUCUCGUCGUCCGUCCCCUUCUCCGGUUUCAACGAGCGCAAGAUUCUCCGCCAGCUUGCGCGCGCGCGCGAGCAUCUAGACGCGCUCAUGUUUCCCGCAGGCGAACGCAAUGACGCGCGGUUCUACGAAAGUGGGGAGGCUUAUACCGGGGAUCUGGAUGUGGGGUUUGGCGGCGGAGCCCAGAGCGGAACCAACGUGUGGGCGCGAGUUUCGGCGGAGGCGAAAGUUUUGAUUCGUGGCAUGUUGGAAAUAGAGCCUGGCGCACGCUUAUCGAUCGAAGCGGUGGUCAACCACCCGUGGCUGGUUACCAAGGAUCUGGAGCAAAGGGGAAGCGCGAAUCGCGCGCGUGGGCUGGGUAGCGUUCGCGAAACACAAGCCGCUAGUGACGACGAUGAGCUCGCGACGAGCGAAAUUGACGAAGAGGGGUGUGGUGCAGACGAAAGCAGCUGCGACGGGAACGGCAGAGGCAGCAGCACUCGCGCACGGGCAGGCGAUUUUUUCAGCUCGCUGCCCCCUCUGGUGCGUCGAAACACUCAUUCUUUGUAUUUUGACCGGCCCUGGAGCAUGCUGAUUGGUUCGCGCGCUGCAGAACAGCCUGAGAGUCCAAGCCCAGUUGACCCAGCAUCCGCUAUCGCAAACUCCAGUUCUGCUACAAGUAUGCCAAGUGGGAAGCGUUUUAUGCGUAGAUUCAGCCGGAGCAUCAGCAGCUUACCAGAACUUUUCAGCCUGGCAAAUGGUACCGGUAACAGCAGUGCCACUAGUAAUGAUACUCGCUACAGUGAAAAGAGCACAGGCCUUAACAAUUCGGGUGCCAAAGAUGCCUGUAGCAGCAGCAGCAGCAGAAUCAGGGGAGGCUUAUUUGAAAAUGGGAAGCGCCACAGGCGCAGCCAAACACUUGGGAAGACUGCAGCUUUUAAGCUCAGUCCCCUACAGAACCACGCAGAAGCAACAGCAGGGGCAGGAGCAGCAGAGCAUGCUGUGCAGCAGCUAACAGACGAGGAUUUGUUAACAGGUUUGGCAACUGGCUCCUGGAUUCAACUAUCUCCUGAGUCAACUGGCUUGGCAAUGGGAAUGGAAGUCAUAGGGCCUGGUCCUAUGAGGGGGCUUAGACACAGGAGAUGCCAAACCAUGGGUGGGAGCCCACUGGAUAGAGCACACACCGCUGCUGCAGCUGCUUCUGCUGUUGCUGCUGCUGCUGCUGCUGCUGCUGCUGCUGCUGCUGCUAUCAGCGAUCGCUCCCCUGUCGCUGCUGUGUCUGGUAAUUCUGGUGACUGUACUGCUGUCACUCCCACCAGGGCCUGGGGCCGAAGCUUCACAGACACAAGGCACAGAGCCUCGCACCCAGCUGCUGCCUCCCCAGUAGCCUUAGCUGCUGCAUCUGCUACCCCUGAUAGUGCUGCUGUCACUCCCACCAGGGCGUGGGGCCGAAGCUUCACAGACACAAGGCACAGACCCUCACACCACACUGCUGCCUCCCCAAGAGCUGUUGCUGCUGCAGCCGCCACUACCCCUCUUGUUGCAGUGUCUGCUACCCCUGCCAGUGAUAGCAGUGCUGUCACUCCCACCAGGGCCUGGGGCCAAAGCUUCACAGACACAAGGCACAGACUCUCACACGCCCUCCAACCAGCCUACCCCUUUCUCUCACCCCAGCCCCCCUUUUGCUCUCCUACCAGGGACGCUGAUGCCCCUUCUUGCAGUGCUGGUGGUAACCCUAGUCCGGGUUACAGUUGCAGUGAUGGGGCAAGUGAUGGUGACACCAGCAGCCACUGUACGGGAGGGUUCCAUCUCCCAAUCACAGCAUCUUCUAGUGGUAACAGUGACAGCAGCGGCACGAGAGGUAGCAGCGGUAGGAGCAGCAGCAGCAUAGGUAGUGGGGGCUUGGUCACUCUUGGUCAGGAGGACGAGCAGCCAGCCUGCUCUAAGGACACGAGAGAAAUGGAUGUGAAGAAAACCUGGCGAAACUUUACUUUCUGUAAGAAAAUGCAGAUUCCAGGAGGUAACAGAAGUGAAUGCCUUCUGCAGCAGCAGCAGCAGCAGCAGCAGACUCGGAACCACCUUGAUGAGCCGAAGCAAGAGCACUCACAGCUGAGUGCAGUGCGAUCACCUUUUCUUCAUAAGUUUUCACGAUCCAAGUCAGUGCUCAGUCUAGGUAGUGUGUUUUGAGUAAAAAAACAGCAGAAUAUUUGCUUUGGCAUUGCAGUUGCACCGCACAAAUGUAAUUUUUUGAAAGCGUGUAACGCUUUAUAAAA